AGCUUCUGCGCUGGACCCGGUCAUGGCAGCCUCUGCGCCUGCCGCGGGCCGGGCGUCCUGGAAGACCCUGUCUGCAGAGGAGCUGGAGAAGCAGUAUUCGCCCAGCAGGUGGGUCAUCCGGAUGAAGGCGGAGGACGUUGUCAACACCUUCGUAGGGACAGGAAGCCAGGCCACCAGGAAGGCCCGGGCCACCAGGAGGAGCCAGUUGGAUGUCCCCUAUGGAGAUGGCGAAGGGGAGAAAAUGGAUAUCUACUUCCCCGAUGAGGAUUCUAAGGCUUCCCCCCUCUUCCUGUUCAUUCACGGAGGGUACUGGCAGAGCGGAAGUAAAGAUGACUCGGCCUUCAUGGUGAACCCGCUGACAGCUCAGGGGGUGGUCGUGGCAAUAGUGGCUUAUGACAUUGCACCCAGAGGCACACUGGACCUGAUGCGGGACCAGGUGGCCCGCAGCCUCGUGUUUCUGCAGAGGCGGUAUCCAAGCAACAAGGGAAUCUACCUCUGUGGACACUCUGCAGGGGCUCACCUGGCUGCCAUGAUGCUCCUUGCCAGUUGGACCAAGCAUGGUGUCACGCCAAACCUCCAAGGCUUUCUCCUGGUGAGUGGGAUCUACGACCUGGAGCCCCUCAUGCAUACCUCCCAGAAUGCCCCUCUGCACAUGGCCCUGGAAGAUGCUCAGAGAAACAGCCCACAGCGAUGCUUGGAAGUGACUCCAGCAAGGCCCGUGGGUCCGGCCUGUCCUGUGUUGGUGGUUGUGGGUCAGUAUGACUCCCCAGAAUUCCACCGACAAUCCAGGGAGUUCUAUGAGACUCUGCACCGAGUAGGACUGAAGGCCUCUUUCCAGGAGCUGCCUGGUGUGGAUCACUUUGACAUCAUAGAGAAUCUGACCCGAGAGGAUGAUAUACUCACCCAGAUCAUUUUGAAAACAAUCUUCUUGUCACUCUGAGGACACCUGGUCUCCAGCCUGUGUGCGCCUCAGAAAACCUCCAGAAGAGGUGACUGCCAGCUCACACUGGCCUGUCUGUCCAGGAGGUACACGCCCUGCUGUGAACCCCCUCCUCUUCUCCCCACCCGGAUGGAGCUCCCGGGGAGGCCUGCACAUUGGCACUGAGGCCUGCACACAGCUGCCAGCCCUCCUGCUGACGGGGCGUGGCAGUCAGCUUCCAGCUUGCUUUCUGUGCAUUUUGCUGUAUCAAUGUGGACUGGCUGAGGCUGGAACUGUCAUUCAGCCCCUAUCUCCCUCUACAAAAGAGGGUGGGGUCGGGAGAAGGAAUGGAGAAAUAAGAGAUCAGCCAGCUCAAGGGUAGAAUGCUUGACCAGCAUGCAUGGGAUCCUGGGUUCAAUCCCUGGUAUUGUCAAGGAAAAAAUGAAGGAAAGGGGUACAAAGGAGACCGAGAGAUAAUCACGCCCAGUAUGGCGGCAUACACCUGAGUCCCAGCACGAGAGCAGGAUUGCUUGAGAGCUAUAUAGCAUGACCGUGUCUCAAAGAAAAAGGUCUGGUGAGGUGGCUUAGCAGGUCAGAGAGCUUGGCACCAAGUCUGACAACCUGUUUGAGAUGGGGACCCAUAUGGAAGGAAACCACCAAGUGCCCCAGAUUACCCUUUGACUGUCAUGUAUGUGUAUACCUUAGCAAACACACGAUGGUGAUGGUAAUAAAAGCCCAUG